AUUCGAAUCUCCUCAUCUCCCUCUUCUUUCAUCAUCCAUCAACCCGCUUUAGCUUUAUCUCUCCAUCUCUCCAGGGUUUCUUUCCUUUGACGGUCCAUCUCGUCCCCUCAACUCUUCGCCCCUCACGUUUCCACAUCGUCGCCGCCUCUGACCUGCGAACCCUCUUGACCCCGGUUUGUCAUCAGGCUUGUCUUUUUCUUCCUGAUUCGAUACAACUCAACUUUCUCGAGUCUAUCCAACCAUCCUCGACCGAACACGAUCGCUCUUGAGCUUAAAUUCCCAAACUGAGCUCUAUUUCCUUUCAACGUUUUUACGCAUUUGUUUGCCUUGUUGCUGCGAUACAGAGAGCCCACCGAUUGCGCACUCGAUCUAAUUUUCGCUCUCUCGUCACACCCGCUCUCUCAAUCUUCACAUCACAACAGCCAUCAUGGCCUCCAACGGUAACUUUGCCCAACAGGACCAGUAUAAGGAACCUGCAGACCAACAACAAACAGCUCCCGCUACCUCUGCCGCCGAUGGCUCUACUACCGCUGCCGCUUCUGCCAACAGCAACUUGUCCAAGGACGAGGUUGGCUGGUACUUCGUCGAGCAAUACUACACCACCUUGAGCAAGUCACCCGAGAAGCUCCACCUCUUCUACGGCAAGCGCUCGCAAUUCGUCUACGGUCGCGAGGCCGAGCUUUCUACUGUCUCCGUAGGCCGACAGCUUAUCCAAGAACGAAUCAAGGAGCUCGACUUCCAAGACUGCAAGGUCAGGGUUUCCAAUGUGGACUCGCAAGCAUCCUUUGAAAACAUUGUCAUCCAAGUGAUCGGCGAGACCUCCAACAAGGGUGCCGAGCCCAGGAAGUUCGUCCAGACCUUUGUCCUCGCUCAGCAGCCCUCCGGCUACUUCGUUCUGAACGAUAUCCUGCGAUAUAUCGACGAGGAGACCGAGGCCGAGGCCACAACUGCCACCGAAGAGGCCCCCGAGAAGGCUGCUGAGGAGAUUGCUGUCCCUGCCACUGAGGAAGCUGCACCUCCUGCCGAGCCUGAGGCACCCCAGUCUGUUGAGGAGACUCAAGAGGAGGCUCCUGCUCAACCCCUUGAUCCCGAGGUUGUUGACCAUAAGUUGGAGGAGGUUUCCACUGAUAAGGACAGUGUGACUCUUAAUGGCAGCGCCGCCGAGACUUCGGCCGACGAGGUUAAGGCCCCCGAGGUCAAGCCCGAAGCUCCUGCUGAGACUGCCGACCAGGCUGCUAAGGAACUGGCUGAGGAGGAUGUCAAGGAGGCCGAGAAGCCCAAGGACCCUAGCCCUACACCUGUAUCCAAGCCCGUCGCUGCUCCCCCUGCCGCUCCCGAGAAGCCUGCCGGUCCUCCUAAGCCUAUGACCUGGGCCAGCCGAGCUGCAGCCGCUCUCCCUCGACCCGUCGUUCCCCUUUCCAAGACACCUACUCCUCCCGUAAACCAGAGCCGCGCUCCUGCCCCCGCCGCUGCUGCCCCAACUUCUCAGCCCGCUGCCGCACCGGCUUCUACUGCUAACGCCCCUGCUGCCGAGGCUGCUCCUAAGGAGGCAGCCGGAUGGCAGACUGCUGGCAGUGACUCUAAGCGACAAAACCGACCUCAGUCUGUUUCCGGACCUCCUCCCACCGAGAAGGAGGGUACUCUCGGAUAUGUUAAGUACGUGACAGACAAGGUUCAGGAUGCCGACCUCAAGAACGCUCUCGCCGCUUUUGGCGAGUUGACCUACUUCGACAUCAACCGUCAGAAGAACUGUGCCUUUGUUGAGUACAAGACCCCCGAGGGCUACCAGGCCGCUGCCGCUGCCAACCCUCACACCGUCAACGGUGAAAGCAUCGUCGUUGAGGCCCGCCGCCCCAAGGCCAACGCUUACGGAGGAACCAGCUACGGUGGUGGACGAGGCCCAGCUCCCGGACGUGGCCGUGGAGGUGCUGAGGGUGGCCGAUCUGGUGGCCAGGGCUCUCGUGGCAACUUCUCUGGUCAGAACCGUGGCCGCGGUGGUGCUGCUCGCGGCCGUGGCGCUGCUGCCCAGCCCCAGAACGCUUAAGCAACUGCGAUCAGCAUAUAUAAUACGGCAAACACGAGGCCCGUCUCGAUGUUUGUCUGAAAGCUGUGCAGUACAGUUACUACAGCCUUGAGGCGUAGUCAUCUCUUUACCCAUGCAUGGCAUACCUAAACAAUAUCAAAGUCUCGACAUCAGGAGGCGAAAGCGGAAAGUAAGCUCAGCAGAUAGGUGGCACGGCAAGGGGAGGCGGAGUUUGGUAUUCCCUUUGGGAGGAAGGAUGGAGUUGGGAAUCUGGAGUCAUGAUUGUUCGUUUUUCAGUUUCGGUGGUUUGCGCGCUGCAUCUGCAUCUGAUCGUUCCAGCCGGUGAUUGGGUUACGGAUUUCAGCGAAAAAGGGGAAAAGGUCCAUGGCUGGGAGCUUUGAUUUGGCAUCAUUACCUUCUAAUGACCGUGUAUAUUCUUACAAAAGCGAAUGGACGGGCGAUAGAGGCUGCACCCGGAUGGGCAGAGGAACAGUGAUGAGUACCAGGAAGAGAUAGUGAUGGAAAUCAUGUUGGAAGUCCAGGCCUGCAUCGAAGGGCCCAACAGGGACCACGUUCUGUACUUUUUACUGUGCAAGUAAUGAUUAGUACCU